AUGGCCAAUGUCCCCUUGGUCACAGACUUUCUUCUUGUGGGAUUAUCUGAUGUCUGGGAGUUUCAGAUUGUACAUGGUGUCCUCUUCCUAGUGAUUUAUCUGGUCGUCCUUAUGAGUAACUUUCUCAUCAUUACUCUCAUUAUUCUAGACUUCCAACUCCAAACUCCAGUGUACUUCUUCUUGAAGAACUUGUCCUUUAUGGAUGUCUUCCUUGUGUCUGUCUCAAUCCCCAAAUUCAUUAUCAACAACUUCAUUCACAGCAGUUCCAUCUCUAUCUUAGGCUGUGCCUUCCAGCUACUUUUAAUGACUUCCUUCUCUGCAAGUGAGAUCUUCAUCCUCACUGCCAUGUCCUAUGACCAUUAUGUGGCCAUCUGUUGUCCCCUCCACUAUGAGGUCAUCAUGAAUGGUAGCACCUGUACACUGAUGGUUGGUGUAUCCUGGGCCAUUGGAGGACUUUUUGGGACUGUGUACACAAUUGGUACAUUUUCCUUGCCCUUCUGCGGUUCCAAUGUAAUACCACAAUUUUUCUGUGAUGUUUCCUCCCUACUGAGAAUUUCCUGUUCUGAGACUCUCACUGUGAUCUACACAAGCAUUGGCAUUGGUGGUUGUUUAGGAGUGUCUUGCUUCAUCUGCAUUAUGGUCUCAUAUGUUUACACCUUCUCCACUGUCCUGAAGAUGCCUACCACUAAAGGUCAGUCCAAAGCUUUCUCCACUUGCUUCCCCCACCUGGUUGUUUUUACAAUUUUUAUCAUAACUGCAUAUUUCGUUUAUCUAAAAUCACCUUCAAGUACCCCAUCAGCUAUUGACAAAGCAGUUUCUGUGAUUUACACUGUGAUAUCCCCACUACUCAAUCCUGCCAUAUACAGCCUUAAGAAUAAGGACAUGAAGCAAGCUCUGAUGAGACUGUUGCAGAGAAGAUAUGGACAAGAGUCUUACUUCAUUUAA